AUGAGCGGUCUACGACGUUUCCACAUCAAGUCGAGACAUGGAUGUGGCCAAUGCAAGAAGAGAAGAGUUAAGUGUGAUGAACAGCCACCUAGGUGCGGCGGCUGCUCAAAACGCGGGCUGAAAUGUGACUACGAGGAGACCCCAGCAGAGUCUAUGUCCUGCCCGCGGGGGGAAGGGAAGAGUCUCUCCCUAGUCAAUUCGGGCGCAAAAGAUAUCACAUUCGAGUUUCACCCGUUGACAGAGUUGGUCAAUAAACGACGCACGGUCAAUCACUUCCCAGAUGAGUUUACUCAGAGAAGAAAGCGGGAAGAUAUUCUACAGGCAAAUACCCAUCGAAUAGGCGAACUUGUCAUGAAGCCGAAGGCGUCUCUCAGUCUUGACUAUCAAGAUCUAGAGUUGCUGCAUCACUAUAGGACGAUUACAAGCCAUACCCUCUCGGAGGACAAGCUCAAAGGACAGAUUUGGCAAUUUUUUGUCCCAGAGCUGGCUCAGAUAUACCCCUUUGUGAUGCACAAUAUCCUUUCCAUGGCUGCCAUGCACCUAGCGUUUCUACAGCCAGAGUCGUCGGUGAAGUAUACGCAUCUCGCUGUUAGCCAUCAAUCACACGUGAUAAAAGCGGCCCAAGCACGCGUGGCUAGCCAGGAGGUUAACAAAGAAAACUGCAGCGCGGUGGUGAUAUGCUCAGGCCUGCUACUCAUCUAUGAACUGGCCAUAUUGCAUCCGUCUUACUUUGUUGGGGCGCGGACUACGACGACUGCGCUGGAUGAAAUAAUCCAAAAGAUGCUGAUAAUGCGCCGUCUGGUUGGGCUAUGGACUCUAAGCAUGCCGUUGUUCAAGGAUGGCCCGGCUAGAAGUUUACUGGCUAGAGGGGAAGCCGAGCUAGCCACACCACUGGCAGAUGAGAUACGGCGGUCCCUGGACAGCAUUCAGAUGGCCAAUAACACGUUGACUGCCGACAAGGAAGAACGAUACGCAUAUCAAAUGGCAGUUGAAUCAUUGUGGUUCUGCUUCCAGAUUUGCACACUCUCUAGUCCGGCGGACUGGGUAAUGGGGAUGGCCUGGCCUAAUAUGGCUCCGCAGAGGUUUAUGACGGCCUUGGUAGAGAAAAAGCCGUUGGCGUUGGCGACUGUUGCUCACUAUUGCGCGCUGUUAUAUCUAUAUCCGGGAAGCUGGUGGAUGCAAGGGUGGCCUCAACCGGUGCUAUCGUCGCUCAUCAGAGCAGCAGCCGUCGGAAGCCAUGGACCUACCUGGCAAUCUCUGUUCUCAUGGCCAUCCCGUGUGAUUGGUAUAUCACAGGUGGAAGGGUGUCAGAAUAAGGAGGGUGAUAUUCUGUGA